UCCCACCAUCACCACUUCCUUACACACAAGAACCUACAAUGCCAUACUGUAAAUGCUGAAUCGCCUCCAUUAACAAACCAUAGUUACUUCACAAUAAACGCACAAUUUCUCAUGGGAUUGGUAGAUUAUGUUUGCUGAUGUCUGUCCUGUGUUCUAGGUGUCAUCCUAUGUCCUGGACAGACGCGUUUCGCAGGUGAUGCUGCUAUAAUCCGCUCUGUGAGGGAACUUUCCAGUCAUUGCAUCAUGGCGAAGAGCUGUUAUGACUGUACGGAGAAGAACCCGGCCCACAGCCUGUGCACCAGGUGUAACAAGUGGUUAUGCAGCACCUGCGCCGAGCAGCACCGCCACAGCAAAGGUUCCGGGGAGCACUACCUGUCCGUCUCCCAGAGAGCAGGGAGCGACGGAGGAUCUGGUAACCUCUUAUUUUGCCCGGUUCACACCCAAGAAACACUGAAGUUAUUCUGUGAGACUUGUGACACCAUGAUGUGUCGCCAUUGUCUUGUCCUGGAACACAAGGAGCAUCGGUUCCGGCGCCUGGACGAGGCUCUGCAGAACCAGCGCGUUCUCCUGGAAAACGUUGUCACGCAAGUGGAAGAAAAGAAAAUUGGUGUCCAAGGAGCCGGCAAACAGAUUGAGGAACGGCUCUUCGAAAUAAAACACAUGCACAGGAAGGUAGAAAACCAGAUAAAGAUGACGAAGAUGGUGAUUAUUAAUGAGCUGAACAAAAGGAUGAAUUCUCUGCUGGAGCAGCUGGAGAAAAUCACUAGUGAGAAGCAGCAGAAGUUUGAGCAGCAGCUGCAGUCUGUUCUGGUGCUGAACCGGCAACUGGAGCACGUGCAAAACUUUAUCAACUGGGCCAUGUACAGCAAGAACAGCAUCCCGUUCCUGUUCAGCAAGGAGCUGAUUGUUUUCCAAAUGCAGCGACUUCUGGAAACGAGCUGCGGAGGCGAUUUCGGGCGCCCUGUGAAGAUGAAAUUCAGUUGGGAACCCUCUUUUUGGACAAAACAAAUUUCAAACUUAGGUUGUAUACUGACCGACACAGCCCAAUUGCCUGUCGCCGAUGUCCCCACCUAUGCACCUAUAGACGACGUACAGCCAUCUUACUACCAAGGUCACCUCCCCCCAACUGUCCCCCACCUGGCAACCAUCGCUAACACCCAGAACUUUGUCCCCACUGUCCAGUGCCCCACGACAGUCUGUUGUACCCACUGCCACACGCUGCCAUCCAUCACGAAAAGCCAGCCGGCCAGCAGCACGGUGAGCCAACACGUCAACUUCACCCAUUCCACCACCAUAAAGCAGCAAGCGGUGCAGCCCAUACAGUACAGCUCCCCCAAGGAGUCAAAGUGCCCCGCACCCCGACCUCUGAGGGUGAUCCAGCCAUGGUUAUCUAACCCGACUCACACAGAACAUGAGAGCUCGUCUUACUGGUCGGAGAGCCAGCAGCAGCCGCAGCCACCAAGGGUUCCAGUCCAGCCAACUAUACAAAGCGUGGCCCCGAUAUGCUCUGUGACAUCUCAGGACUUUAGCCCAGUGCACUCAGCGAUCCCACUGACCACAGCAACGUCCUUGCAGGCCCCAUCUGUGCAGAUGCAACUGGCCCCCAUGCACAGCGUAAGUCACAUCCAGCAACAGCGGCACCAAGGCCAGACGCAGCCAACGCUGUGCCCGGCGGACACCACCCAGGAGCCGAACAUGCACCACAGCCUGGAUUUAAUUAACCAACAGUUUGAGCUGGAGCAGAUGCAGAAAGGACUUGAGCUUCUCCUGCAGAGUCAGCCCUCUAAUGUGCAGCUGAGCCAGAGCAAGCAGCCGCAGCACGUCCAGCAGACCAUAGUCGGACAGAUUAACUACAUAGUCAGACAGCCGGCUCCGGUGCCGCUGCAAAACCAGGAGGAGGCGCCUUCGGUCUGCGAUGACCCCAUAUCACCUGGAGGACACACCGUGGACUUGUCCCCUGUCAUUACGCACUCUCCUGAAAAUCCACAAUCCCAAUCUAUAGCAGAUGAGAUCAUCGCCGCAGUGGAGAAUGACGCAUGCCGGCGGAACCAGCUCUCAGCGAAUCCCGUCAGAAAGCGCUCUGCCUCAGAGAGUUUCUCCAAUUCUCCGGAUCUGGAGUUAUCCUCCCCCAGACUGUCUCGCUCAGUGGACCCACAAAUGCAGGCGGUGUCCUGCCACUUCUUUGAGCAGCCCCAGGACAGAUGUUACACUGAUGCCGAGACGGAGAGAAUCGCUGGCUACGCUGCGGUGGAAGCAGCUGUUGCUGAGAACAUGCACUUAGAAUCUACUGAUCACCUAGCAACAGGGGGCGCUCUCCUGGGGAAUGCAGUAUGCAAGAUAGAGAAUGAGGGCUUCAGCUGCAGCGGGCCCCCCAUAGACAACGCUUUGGGAAGUGACAGCAGGAACUCGCUGAGUGACAUCGUUCUGCCGCUGGAGAAUAUACUCGAAGAGCCAAUAAAUCUGUCCUUGAAGAAAUGUUUCCCGCGUGACUCGUCCUCCUCGACCUCUGCACCCCGGAGAGACAUCGCCCCCCUGCAGCCUGUCAUCACGGACAUAAAGAAUGAAUCUGGCAACUGCACCCCACCCCGCACAGAUCCUGAUAAUCGCUUCCAGCAACAUUACCCAGAGGAGCCGAAGAGCCAGGAAAACACCAGCAGGCCGGAACCUAAAGAAACUAAAAUCCCAUAUGUUCGCCUGGAACGCCUGAAGAUCUGCCCCCCGGAUUUCGGAGAGCUCCCCGUCUUUAAGGUGCAGCCUCAGAAAAAAGAUGAAGAUGGAUCUCUACGGUUACUUAUUAAGUAUGGCGCCAGAUCCAAAAGUAUGUCCAUAAAGGUUAAUCCAGACAGCAUGGGCUCGUCCGCUCAAUCCACAGAGGUUCCACCACAGCCCACAUCACCGUACGGAUCAGACCCUCUACCCCAGGACUCAGGUCAUCCGUUGCCAGUGCCUCCACCACCUCCGCACCCUUUUCCCCGGAUACACUCUUACACUGGAGGAUCCCAGGAGAUCAGACACAUUAUGGAGCCUGAGUCCCUGGCUGAACAGACCCAAGAAUGUAAAAUGACUUCGGGGAUGCCCAUGGUGAAAAAGUCUGAUGACCCCAACCACAUUGAGAAUGAGGAUUUCUGUGCCGUGUGCCUGAAUGGAGGGGAGAUGCUCUGCUGUGACAAAUGUCCCAAGGUCUUCCACCUGUCCUGCCACGUGCCAGCUCUGCUCAGCUUCCCAGGUGGUGAAUGGGUGUGUACACUGUGCCGCAAUCUGAACAAGCCAGAAGUGGAAUACGACUGCGACAAUAUCCGGUAUAGCAGAGAAAAUAAAAUAGAAGAGGGAAUGUUACCUCACCUCAAUGCCUAUGACCAGAGGAAGUGUGAGAAGCUGGUGCUGGCCCUCUACUGUAACAGCCUGAGUGUCCCCUUCCAAGAGCCGGUCAGCCCCCUGGCACGUCACUAUUACCAGAUUAUAAAGAAGCCAAUGGACAUGACAAUCAUUCGCAAGAAGCUUCAGAAGCGGAACAUCCCUCAUUACUCCACCCCCGAGGAGCUGGUGUUUGACACACGGCUCAUGUUUUGGAAUUGUGCAAAGUUUAAUUAUGAAGACUCAGAAGUCGCUGAGGCGGGACGGAACCUGGAGCUGUGUUUUGAGGACAUGUUGAAAGAAUCUUACCCAGGUAGAGUCUUCCCCUUUCCGCAAGAAGAUGACUCUGAGACGGAGGAGAUAGGCGCUGAGCACUGUCACAUGACUUUAAAGGGAUUUCAUUGGCCGUCUUAUGGACAAGACUGUGUGCAGCCCAAAAAGAGGAGACGCCAUAUCAUCAACCAGAAAACAAAAGAAUUCAAUCUGUUAUGAGUCUUGGGAAUGAACCUUUACAAAGUCAGGAGAACCAUUUCUUGAGCCAUCUUGGACUUCAAAGCUGAAGUUAAAUAACUCGAACAGUUGACCUGUUUAUCUAUGAAGAUCUGCUAUGAUGUAUUCUUAGAGCAGGUACAACAUAGGCUGACGGUUUUAUAUUCAUCUGCUUUGGGCUUGAAAAGACUUUGUCAAUCUUGCUGUUGGCCACCAAACUUGGUCUGCUAGUGCUUGUAGUCGGACAUUGUAUGUAACAGGCGUGUCGUCAUGGCACAUGGAUGGACUGGUAGUUUUGUGGCUGUGGUGUUUUGCUGUGGGUCAGCCCGAUUGGACCUAUGACAUACCAAAUACAUAUGUAGUUGCUGUCACCUUGAAUCCAAAACCCCAAAACGAUUAACUCUUUGUUGUCUGCUGAGAUGGCCAGCUCUGGCCGAACAUGGAAAACAAUCUAUAUAUAUAUAUACGUUUUAGUGCAGUUUUUGCCCACUAUACUUACAUGACAAUUUGCUGAUUGAGCUGGAACAUGGGGGGGUCAUUCCGACCUGAUCGCACGCUGCAGUUUUUCGCAGCGCAGAGAUCAGGUCACUACUGCGCAUGCAUAUGCACCGCAAUGCGCAGGCGCAUUGUACGGGUACAAAACGGAUCGUUGCUGAGCGAUGAAUUUAAUGAAGAAUCCAUUCGCACAGCCGAUCGCAAGGAGAUUGACAGGAAAAAAGCGUUUAUGGGUGUCAACUGACCGUUUUCUGGGAGUGGUAGGGAAAACGCAGGUGUGUCCAAGCGUUUGCAGGGCGGGUGUCUGACGUCAAUUCCGGGACCGGACAGGCUGAAGUGAUCGCAGCGGCUGAGUAAGUUCAGACCUACUCAGAAACUGCACAAACUGUUUUUGUAGUGCUCAGCUGCACAAGCGUUCGCACACUUGCACAGCUAAAAUACACUCCCCAGUGGCUCGGCUGCUAAAAACAGCUAGCGAGCGAUCAACUCGGAAUGACCCCCAUGGUUCUGCAUCAAUGAAAGAUUGUACUAAAUUAUCUUGGUAAAUGCUCAUGUUUUGUGAUAACUUUUCUUAUAGCCAGUGAUAGCAUUAUGAAAACAGUACAAAAAGGUUUCUUAUUCUAAUGGAAAUAUUGCGUACAAAAAUAGCAUUUGUAAACUGGUUUAAAUCUGAUUUCUGCCAGAAAUUGGAUGAUUACAAGAACUUAUUUUUGGCUUCAUAGAAGAGAUUUCAAAGUGCUUUUUAAAGAAAAAGAAAAACUCCGAUCUUUACCACCUGGAAACAUUUCCUACAUUCAUUUCAGCAAUUCUACAGUGAUCACAAACAUGGGCCCUCAUUCCGAGUUGUUCGCUCGCAAGGCGAUUUUAGCAGAGUUACACACGCUAAGCCGCCGCCUACUGGGAGUGAAUCUUAGCUUCUUAAAAUUGCGAACGAUGUAUUCGCAAUAUUGCGAUUAUAAACUACUUAGCAGUUUCAGAGUAGCUUCAGACUUACUCGGCAUCUGCGAUCAGUUCAGUGCUUGUCGUUCCUGGUUUGACGUCACAAACACACCCAGCGUUCGCCCAGACACUCCUCCGUUUCUCCAGCCACUCCUGCGUUUUUUCCGGAAACGGUAGCGUUUUCAUCCACACGCCCAUAAAACGCUGUGUUUCCGCCCAGUAACACCCAUUUCCUGUCAAUCACAUUAUGUUCGCCGGAGCUAAGAAAAAGCCGUGAGUAAAAAAACUAUCUUCAUAGCAAAAUUACUUGGCGCAGUCGCAGUGCGAACAUUGCGCAUGCGUACUAAGCAGAAAAACGCUGCGAUGCGAAGAAAAUUACCGAGCGAACGACUCGGAAUGAGGGCCAUGGUUCUUUAUAAAUUAAUUAUUUUAGUUUAGUUUCAUUGUAUAUAAAAUGUUGUAUUUUCCAUUGGUGAUCUCCCAGCUACAGAGUUUAAUGUUGACAUAGUUUUGCUACAAUUGUUUCUUAGCAAAAGGUUCCAGACUU